AUGGAAGCGCGGUCGAAGAGCCCUCGAAGCCCAUCAAAAACGUUUCUAGAUCAGAUCAUCAAUGGUCAGUACCUGGUGCUACACAACCUCACACUACUAGUGCAACAGAAUUCGACUCUACGCGAAAAUUAUGAGAAGCUGGCCAAGGAGCGCAGCGGGUCGUCUAGCCAUUCAACAGGCCAAGAAAGUUCAACAUUCCAAGAGGGCUCAUCAUUCCAAGAGGGUUCAACAGCCGAAGAGGAUUCAACCGGCGACGAGGAUUCAACAGGCGAAGAGGUCCCUCGGCUAAGUGAUCUAAUAAGCCAGCUAUUGGACGGAGACGAGAUGGAAUGGCAGGCGCAAGCUGGACUGCCUGGUCCGGCAGACGGCCCCAGUUAA